AUGGAUUUUAGAGAAAUAGCAGAAAAAACAGCCGACAUUUUAAAAGGGUACUUAAAAGAUGACAGUGGAUGGGAAGUGGCUAAAAAGACGAAAGAUAUACUUAUAGAAUACAAACCUUCCAAAGAAUUUGGUGGCCAUUUAUAUCGAGGAACAAGUGAAUACAGUUGUCCUGUAGAAAUAGUGUUCCAAUAUGUCGACCCGUUGCCAGGUGACGCUCCCAGAUUAAAGUGGGAUAAAGGAAUCAAAAAGAUUGAAAUUUUAAAAACUAUAUCAGAUGAUGUAAGAAUUAACAGAGUAUGUACAGACAGUGCCUGUAUGGGGAUGAUUUCUCCGAGAGAUUUCGUUGAUGUUAUUUUAAAUAAAAAGACUGAAGAUGGCAUGUCUACCAAUGUGAGUAUAGAUUAUGCAGAAUGUCCUGUUGAUAAAAAAUAUGUUCGAGGUUGGAAUCACCAUUGUGGUCUGAUCUGUAUGAAUAUACCAGAUAAACCAGGCCAUACCAAGUUAGUGAGUUUAAUACAACCUGAUAUAAAGGGCAUGCUACCCCGGGCCCUCGUCGACCAAGCUAUCCCAGGAUCAAUGACUGAAUUCUUUGCCAAUCUACGUCAGUGUUUGAAGGAUGAUGGGAAACUUCAAUAA